AUGGCGGAGAGCCCGGGGCGGCCCCCGGAGAGCAGCGAUGUCCCGCGGGAGGGGGCUCGGCCCGGGCUGUGCCCCGAGGGGGCGGCCGAGCCCCCGGACGGGCCCGCGGAGCGGCCGCGGCUGAGCGCGGAGGGGGCGCCCGGGGACAGCGGCUCCCCCGAGGCGAGCGGGGACAGCGCGGGGCACGAGGGGCGGCCGGGCGGGGAGCCGGGGGUGACGGACGGGCCCGAGGCGGGCAGGGCAGAGCCCGAGGGAGAGGCGGGGGCAGCGGCGGAGCCUGAAGGGGCAGCCCCGGGGGGAAUGGAGCCCGAGGACGCGGCUGAGAGCCCGGCGGGGACGGCGCAGGAAGAGGCGGCCGCGGCAGCGACAGAGCCCGAGGACGGAGCCGCGGCCCCGGCAGGGACGGAGCCCGAGGGCGCAGGGGCUGCUCCGACGGGGACGGAGCCCGAGAAAGCGGCAGCGGCGGGGACGGAGCCUGAGGGAGAGGCGGUGGCACCGGCGGGGACGGAGCCCCAGGUGAGAGAGGCGGUGAGGGAGGAAGGCCCGGCGGAGAGAGAGCCCCAGGAGGCGGCCGCGACUGUCCCGGCAGAAGCAGAGCCUGAGGAGGCUGCGGCGACAGCCCCGGCAGGGACAGAGCCCGGGCAAGGAGAGGGGACAGCGCCAUCGAGGGCAGAGCCCGGAGAGGCGGUGGGACAGGCGGCCCCAGAGGGGACAGAGCCCGAGGACGCUGUGGCGACAGCCCCGUCCGGGACAGAUCCCGAGGAAGCUCCGAGGGAGGCGGCCCCGACGGGGACAGUCGCUGAAGAUGCGAUGCAAGAGGCAGCCCCGACGGGGACAGAGCCCGAGGAGGCCGUGGGGACAGCUCCAGAGGGGACAGUCCCCGUGGAUGCGGUGCAGGAGGCAGCCCCGGCUGAUGUGACAAUUCCCGAGGAUGCGGUGCAGGAGGCAGCCCCGGCUGAUGUGACAAUUCCCGAGGAUGAAGUGCAGGAGGCAGCCCCGGCUGAUGUGGCAGUCCCCGAGGAGGCGCUGGGGACAGUCCCGAAGGAUGAGCCGCAGGAAGCAGCUCAGGCAGGGACAGUUCCUGAGGAGGGGGCGGCCCCGCUGGGGACAGUCCCCAAGGGUGAGGGGCAGGAGGCAGCUCAGGCAGAGACAGUCUCUGAGGAGGGGCUGGGGACAGUCCCCGAGGAUGCGGCGCAGGAGAGAGCUCCAGCAGGGACAGUGCCUAAGGAUGAGGGGCAGGAAGAAGCCCCGGCAGGGACAGUCACCCAGGAGGCGUUGGGGACAAUUCCCAAGGAUGCGGUGCAGGAGGCAGCUCCAGCAGGGACAAUCCCCAAGGAUGAAGAGCAGGAGGCAGCUCCGGGUGAUGUGACAGUCCCCAAGGAUGUAGUCCUGACAGGGACAGCCCCUGAAGAUGCGGUGCAGGCGGCAGCCCCGGAUGAUGUGACAGUCCCUGAGGAUGCUGUCCCGGAUGAUGUGACAGUCCCCAAGGAUGCUGUCUUGGGUGAUGUGACAGUCCCUGAGGACACGGUCCCAGGUGAUGUGACAGUCCCCGAAGAUGCUGUCCCAGCAGGGACGGUCCCCGCGGAUGCUGUCCCAGGUGAUGUUACAGGCCCUGAGGACACGGUCCCAGGUGAUGUGACAGUCCCCAAGGAUGCUGUCCCAGGUGAUGUGACAGUCCCCGAGGAUGCAGCCCCAGAUGAUGUGACAGUCCCAAAGGAUGCUGUCCCAGAUGAUGUGACGGUCCCAAAGGAUGCUGUCCCAGAUGAUGUGACAGUCCCCGAGGAUGCAGCCCCAGAUGAUGUGACAGUCCCAAAGGAUGCAGCCCCAGAUGAUGUGACAGUCCCCGCGGAUGCUGUCCCAGGUCCUGUGACAGUCCCCGAGGAUGCAGCCCCAGAUGAUGUGACAGUCCCCGCGGAUGUUGUCCCAGGUCCUGUGACGGUCCCCGAGGAUGCUGUCCCGGGUGAUGUGACGGUCCCCGCGGAUGCUGUCCCAGAUGAUGUGACGGUCCCCGAGGAUGCUGUCCCAGGUCCUGUGACGGUCCCCGCGGAUGCUGUCCCGGGUGAUGUGACAGUCCCCGCGGAUGCUGUCCCGGGUGAUGUGACGGUCCCCGCGGAUGCUGUCCCGGGUGAUGUGACGGUCCCCGCGGAUGCUGUCCCAGGUCCUGUGACGGUCCCUGAGGAUGCUGUCCCGGAUUCUGUGACAGUCCCCGAGGAUGCUGUCCCAGCAGGGACGGUCCCCGCGGAGGGCAGCGCGGACGCUCCCCAGAGCCGCGGGGCCCUGCCCGGCUGUCCCGGGUCCCCGGGCGGCCCCGGUGCCGAGGCGGAGGCGGAGGCGGAGCGGGCACCGGCAGCCCCGGCGGGGAGCGGAGCCCCGGGCCCCGAGAGCGGCUGGGAGCGGAGCCUGAACGGGGAGCGGGAGCAGGAGCAGCUCCGGGAGGACGGGACGGGCUCGCCGGGCGCCCCGGAGGAGCAGGAGGAGAAUCGCUGGCGUGAGGAGCUCCCCGCGGGUUUCCAGAUCUCCAAAGCGCAGGGAGAGGGGCUCUCAUCAUAG